CCUUUCCCUUGUUCUGCCUCGGUUCACAUGUGCGUGUUUCCGUGACAUCACUCUCCCAUUAAAACCAGGAAUAUUUAGAUUUAUUCUCAUUAUGUCAUCUCCGAAGCGACAGAAAAUGGCAUCUCUUUUGGAACAGCUCAAGCAGCAGUCGACUGUAGUGGCGGAUACGGGAGAUUUCGAACUCAUCCAGCAGUAUCAGCCCACUGAUGCCACCACCAAUCCAUCACUGCUCUUGGCUGCAGCUAAGAUUGAAAAAUACCAUCAUCUCAUCGAUGAUGCCGUCAAGUAUGGCAAAGCCAAUGGAAGCACAAUGGACGAGCAGGUCACAGCAACCAUGGACAAGCUUUUUGUCAACUUCGGUGUUGAGAUUCUGAAGAUCGUACCGGGGAGGGUCUCCACUGAGGUCGAUGCUCGCCUGUCAUUUGAUAUUGAGAAGCAGAUUGAGAAGGGCAAGAAGUUGAUUAAGUUGUACGAAGACCAAGGUAUUGACAAGAGCCGUGUCCUGAUCAAACUCAGCUCAACUUGGGAAGGAAUCCAGGCAGCAAGGAAGUUGGAGGCUGAAUAUGGCAUAACCUGUAACCUGACUCUGCUGUUCUCAUUUGCACAGGCUGUCGCUUGUGCCGAGGCUAAUGUCACCCUCAUUUCACCAUUCGUUGGUCGUAUCAUGGAUUGGUACAAGGCUCACACCGGCAAGUCUGGAUAUGAAGCAACCGAAGACCCAGGAGUGAUAAGCGUGAAAAAGAUCUACAACUACUACAAGAAGUUUGGGUACAAGACUGUUGUGAUGGGAGCAUCAUUCCGCAACAUCGGUGAAAUCACGGAGCUGGCUGGAGUGGAUUACAUAACAAUCAGUCCCAAGUUGCUGGAAGAACUGAAGGUUACCAAUGCUCCAUUAACGCGCAAGUUGUCUGUUGAAGAAGCGCAAAAACUUGACUUGGAGAAGAUCUCCCUGAAGGAACAGCAGUUUCGUUACCUCCACAAUGAGGACAGGAUGGCUGUGGAAAAACUCUCAGACGGAAUCCGCAAUUUUGCGGCCGAUGCCAUCAAGCUGGAGAACAUGCUGAAGGAGAAGCUUGCUUAGGUCUGGCCAAUUCCAGAGGUUGAAGUGCAUUCAGUCCACCAAUCAAUGAGUAGUCUUUAGUUUGAAUUCCAGGGCUCUAAUUUCAAGGGAUUUUCAAAAAGGUACGAUACAUCGAUAGAAAAAUAUGGCUGAGGGUUUUUGCAAAACACUGCCAAGGCUGCUGUGCGCACAAUACCCAGUUUGUAUUUGGAUUCGCCAAAUCAGAGUAGGCCUAGGCGCAACAGUUAGUGUCAAAACUUAGAGAAAUUGUCACUAUGGUCACUUGUUUGGUUGUACAGUGAAAAUUAGAUGAGCAGACCUUUUUUGCGCCAAGACGACCAUAGUAAAUUAAUCAUCAUGCUAAAGAGAUCUCUAUUUGGGGGUUGGGUGGUGGUUAUAAACAGCCUUGCUUCUUUUUAAACGCCUGGUCACCUGAUCAUGUCUAGUUCUGACUGAUGUGACUAUUCUAACAAAGGCUAAAGCCAUGUUCCUAUUUGACUUUUUCUUCCGCUGCCAAGCGGAAAGUUAACAUGACUGGCUUUAGUGUAACUCUACCGUGCGUUCCCACCUAGACUUUUAUUCCCGAGAGGUUUGAAUAGUUUUACAUUGCGAAGCUGUUCCCAUUGGACUCUUCAGGGGCCCUGUUAAGUUAUCGUGGCUGUGCAGAAAGUCUUGUGCAACCUCUGUCUGCCUGUUAGUUUUAACUCACAGUUGCAGUAAAUUGAAAGGGAGGUCAGUUUACCACGAGUCCCCAUUUGUCAUUCUACAGAAAAGUUGCGGUACUUAAAAAAAGUCCAGUGGGAACACGGCUUUAUACCGACUUAACUAAAGACAGUUCAAAUCUCUGGUGCUCUUUACUAGACUUGUCUUAAAUAAUGUGGUACUAUUUUUUGGUGAUGAUUCCCUGUAAAUCAUGAUAAAUAUGAUAAAUAGUGUCAUCCCACCCACCCCCCAAAAAAAAGAUAAAAAGUAAAUAAAUAAUAUCUGAACAGAAUGUUCCCACACUAAAACACACUUUUCCCUCUAGUACAGAAGUACCGACAUGUAGAACCCUCUAAAGAAUUCCUGAGGUUCCCAAAA